CUGGCGCUGCUCCUGCUGGCCGCGGCCGCGCAUGGCUACCUGGUCCUGGUGCCGGACUCCGCGCCGCCCGGCCACACCGUCCUCGACGCCGCCGUCUACAAGCUCGGCUCCGAGCGCACCUACACCAUCGACGUCCACCGCACCGCCAACUUCGUCCACCACAUCAUCAGGGUCAACAGAACCACCGGCCUCGUCUCUCUUCGCAAACGACUCAGAUGCGAUGGCGUCCUUUAUCCCAACAUCUUCACCUUCUACGUCGACUCCACAUCCGAACGCAUCCGAGACAUCGACUACUACAGUCUGCCUAUAAGAGUCCUAGUCACCGGUGAAGACUGCAGCAGACGACAUGCCGAUCUCUACGACAUCGACUUUGACAGAGUCUACGACCAGGAGGACUCAGCUUUACAGUACGAAGACGACCAUGUCAGGGAUAAAAGGGCAGUAUUCGCCGAACCGAUGGAUUGGAGGCUGUUUGAGGAGGAGGAGCUUGAAACUAGUCAUUAUAGUGUACUCUCCACGGCCUAUCCGUGGUCCGCUGCCAUGUUCGAAGAUUUCGCAGCAAGAAAUAGGAGUAGAAGACAGAAACGAUCUCAUUCUUUAGUACCUUUCGACAUGGCCGUAGAUGUGAAAAUAGCCGAAGCUAAACAAUGGAUAUCUGAGACAUAUGCCAGCUUCUCGAUACCGACCACGGAUAGGUGGCAAGGAAUCUGUUUGAGAAAAUCUCAAUUUGUGAAUUCUUUGACGGCUUUCCUACCGCGGACAGUGCAGAAGAUGUGUAAAGUGCAAUUUCUAGCAGUGAGCGAUCCUCGGUUUAUGAUCGAGACUAGUCAAGGCGAUUUAGUGGCCAGUGGUGAUGUGUGUAUCCAGGAGCCAAUGUGGAAAGUGUCAGUUCUGUUCACGUUCAACUGUGACCGGACUAAUAUAGUGGACUCUGAUCAUCGGCUGAAGAUAGUGUACCAUCAUCAGGAGUUGAAUGACACUGAUAUUGCGAAGCGGGUGAAGAGGGAGCUGCGGAAUCAGUCGCCUUACUUUGAACAAGCUUUGUACGUGGCUUCGGUUGCUGAGGAGCAGCCUCCCGGAGUCGUGGUCACUACAGUUCGAGCUCGCGAUCCCGAGAACAGUCCAGUGACGUAUUCCAUGUCGAGCCUACUGGACUCCCGCUCAGCUGGAAUGUUUGCUGUGGACACUCGCACCGGCGUCGUCACCACCCAAGCCCGACUGGACAGAGAGAGGCUGGACGUGCAUUACUUCAGAGUCGUGGCGCAGGAUGACACCUUCCCGCCUAGGAGCGGGACCACCACCCUGCAGAUCAAUGUCCUGGACUGCAACGACCAUGCGCCCGUAUUCGAGAUGCAGCAGUACGAGGCAUCAGUGCGAGAAGGCGCCAGUCCUGGCACCACCGUGCUCACCCUCAAGGCUACCGACCAGGAUAUCGGCAAGAACGCUGAAGUGGAAUACUCAAUCGAAUCGGUGAUAGCAGAGAACCUCAAUCCAGACGACGCCAACGAAUCAAUAGACGUCAGCUCCGAGCAGUACGACAUCCAGGAUGUGUUCAGGGUGGAUGGAAGAAGCGGCGCCUUACUAACCAGGGCCUCCCUGGAUAGAGAGAAAGUGGCCAGAUACACUGUCAUCGUCAAGGCUACCGAUCAAGCCAGCCCUGUGUCCGAUCGACUUUCUAGCACAGCGACAAUCCACGUGAAUAUCUUGGACGACAACGACAACUACCCUCAGUUCAGCGAGAAGACGUACACAGUCACGGUAGAUGAGGACAUCAGCGUAGCUGACAACCCGGUCGUUGCGAGAAUCAAAGCAACAGACGCGGACGUCGGUGCGAACGCAGCGAUCCGCUACGCUAUCAUCGGGGGCAAUACGCAGAUGCAAUUCUCCAUCGACAGUUUGAGCGGGGACGUGUCUCUGGUCAAACCGCUGGAUUAUGAGCAGCUGAGGAGCUACAGGCUGGUGAUUAGGGCGCAAGACGGAGGCAGCCCAUCCCGCUCCAACACGACCCAGCUGUUGGUGAACGUCCGCGACGUGAACGACAACUCGCCCAGGUUCUACACGUCGCUGUUCCAAGAGUCGGUCAGCGAGAAUGUGCCUGUAGGAUAUAGUAUUGUCAGGGUGCAAGCCUACGAUGCGGAUGAAGGCGUCAACGCCGAGCUGACGUAUACCCUUUCGGACAAGGAGUAUAGUGGAAGCGAACUGCCCAUCACCAUCGAUCCGCGAUCCGGCUGGGUCUACACCUCGGGACAGCUGGACCGCGAGACGCAGUCCAAAUACCAGCUGCAGGUGACAGCGACCGACGGCGGGACCCCGCCCCGUUCUGCCACCGCAUCAGUAGUGGUGGUAAUCCAGGAUGUCAAUGACAACGACCCGGUGUUCGCGCCCGCGCAGUACGAUGUGGAGAUCGCUGAAGACGAGCCUCCCGGGACGCCGCUUGUCACCGUCACGGCCACCGAUGCUGAUGAGGACAAUAGAUUGCACUACGAAAUCACCGGUGGCAACACCCGUGGUCGAUUCUCCAUCACAUCCCAAAACGGGCGGGGUCUCAUCACAGUCGCGCAGCCUCUCGACUUCAAGCAAGAAAGGCGAUAUGUACUUACUGUCACUGCUACCGACAGUGGUGGCCGUUCUGACACAGCUAUGGUCCACAUCAACAUCACUGAUGCCAACAACUACGCGCCGGUGUUCGAAAAUGCACCUUAUACUGCUGCGGUCUUCGAAGACGCCCCAAUAGGCACGACAGUGCUUGUGGUGUCAGCAACCGACAGCGAUGUGGGUGUUAACGCCCAGAUCACAUACAGCCUGAGCUCCGAGAUAUCCAACGAGGCGGUGGCGCACCACGACCAGGAGUUCGUGAUCAACCCGCAAACUGGCGCCAUUACUACGAAUAAGCUGCUGGACAGAGAAACUAUGAGUGGGUACCUCCUAACAGUGACGGCCAGGGACGGCGGAGUGCCCUCUCUAUCUGACACGACAGAUGUAGAGAUAUCCGUCGUAGACGUGAAUGACAACGAACCCGUCUUCAAGCAGCAACUGUACACCGCCAACAUUAUGGAGGACGCUUUAGUCGGAACUUCUGUCACUCAAGUGAGCGCGACAGAUGCAGACGUAGGCCUCAACGGCCGCGUUCACUACGAACUCGACACCAGAGAUAGGGAGGAAGGUUCCUUCGUCAUCGACCCUGCAUCUGGCGUCAUAAGAACCAACAAGGCGCUGGAUAGGGAAUCAGUGGCUACAUACGACUUGAAGGCACUUGCUAUUGAUGGUGGAACCCCGCCGCAGAGUUCAACGGUGAUCGUGCACAUAAAAGUGGAGGACAUCAACGACUCGCCGCCAGUGUUCGAAAGCGACUGCCUGACCUUCUACGUGCCUGAGAACAGUCCUAUAGGAACCACUGUGGGGGAGAUAUACGCACACGAUCCUGACGAGGGGGUUAAUGCUGUGGUGCAUUAUUCUAUCAAAGGUGGUGAUGACUCCAACAGCUUCUCCCUCGAAGUGCGCCAAGGGUCUGACAAGGCAGAACUGAUCACAAUGGUCGACUUGGACUACGAGAGUCCCCGCAAGAAGUACGAGCUUGUCAUCCGAGCGGCCAGCCCGCCUCUGUGGAAUGACGUCAGAGUCGAGAUCCUGGUGACCGAUGUGAAUGAUAACGCGCCGAUGAUGAAGGACUUCCAGAUUAUAUUCAACAACUAUAAGGAUUGUUUCCCCGUGGGGCCGUUUGGGAGGGUCCCGGCGUAUGAUGCUGAUGUCACUGAUAAGCUCCAAUAUCGGAUAUUAUCGGGCAAUAACGCUAAUCUAGUUCUACUGAACGAGACCACGGGAUCCAUGACGUUAUCGCCGCAGCUCAAUACCAACGUUCCAAAGUUGGCUACCAUGGAAAUUUCUGUCUCAGAUGGUGUAAACGAGGUGAAAGCAAUGAUGCAACUGUCAGUUCGACUGAUAACCGAAGAGAUGCUGCUAAACUCUAUCACGGUGCGACUAAACGCUAUGACGGCGGAGCAGUUUCUAUCACCACUACUGGGUUUCUUCGUGGAUGGCUUGGCAGCUAUCGUGCCGUGCCCUAAGGAGAACAUUUAUGUGUUUAGUGUGCAGGACGACACAGACGUGACGGGCAACAUCCUAAACGUAUCUUUCUCGGCGCGCCGGCCGGACGCAGAGGUCGGCGUGGCUGGUGAUACGUCACAGUACUACUCGCCGACGCACCUGCGCGAGCGGGUGUACCUGCACCGUGCUACGUUGGCCAGGCUAGCUACGGUACAGGUGCUCCCAUUCGACGACAACGUAUGCGUGCACGAGCCGUGCCUGAACUUCGAGGCGUGCCUCACAGUACUAAAGUUCGGCAACGCAUCAGGAUUCGUGGCCAGCGACACCAUGCUGUUCCGGCCCAUCUACCCCGUCACCACCUUCACCUGCCAGUGCCCUUAUGGAUUUACGGGUUCAAGAGAGCAUUACAUGUGCGACACAGAAGUGGACCUGUGCUACUCGUCGCCGUGCAACAACAACGGCACGUGCGUGCGCCGGGAGGGCGGCUACACGUGCGUCUGCGCAGCUGGGUAUACCGGUACGAUCUGCUUACUAUACCUCGUUCGUUUCAGCCGAAUGACGUCCACUGCUGGACAAAGGCCUCCUCCAACCAACGCAACGGUCCGGCGCUGCCCAGGCGGAAUCGACUGCAUUUGAAACUCAAGUAAGUCCCAAAACGCGGCUUAUACUACUGCCAUGUGCGAGCUCAAGGCUAGGAGCUUCCCUACGUCAUCGUUCUUGACCUUCCCUGGCUUGAAGAGGCGAAAUCGACUGCAUUUGAAACUCAAGUUCGCAACGCAAGCAUCCUCUGGCCUUCUUCUAUACAACGGUCGCUACAACGAGCGGCACGACUUCGUGGCCCUAGAGUUGGUGGGAACGGGCGCAGGGCGGGCGGGCGGCGCAGGACUCCGCUUCACAUUCGCGCUGGGCGGCGGCAAGACUGAGCUGACUGUCGCUGCUGAUGUAGCUGACGGCAUGUGGCAUACUGUUGAAGUCCAGUACUUGAAUAGGACGGCGACCAUGACAGUGGACGAUUGUGACAAGGACUUAUCGCUAGCCGGUGCGGCGGACUUUGGCCAGAAGUACGCGUGUGCUAACCUCACCAGGAAGGUCCUGCCGCCUCGCUGCGAUAUCGCUACUGAGACUUGUCACAGGUUCUUAGAUCUAACGGGUCCUCUCCAAAUCGGCGGCUUGCCCAACAUCCCGAGUAGUUUCCAAGUGAAGACCAAGGAUUUCGUCGGCUGCAUUUCUGAUUUCUACAUCGACCACAAAUUCAUCGACUUGAACAGCUAUGUAGCAGACAACGGAACCCUAGCCGGCUGUCCCGAGAAGCGUUCUCAAUGCAGUUCUGCGCCGUGCUUUAAUGGUGCCGAGUGCCGGGACCUGUGGGACACUUACAUCUGCGACUGUACGGAAGGAUACACGGGGAAAGACUGCGGGGAAACUACACCCCCACCAUGGCGUUUCAGCGGCGACGGGAUGCUAUCAUUCAACCCGCUGCUGCGACCUAUCCAGCUGCCGUGGCUCAAUGCGCUGUCUCUGCGCACGCGGCAAACCGACGCCUUCCUCGCCUCCAUACAAGUGGGCCAGAACAGCUCCAUACUGAUCAGCCUCAAAUCUGGUCUUCUCCACUACUCUUACAAUGGAGAAUCAAUGUUCCUUCCAUCCAUGAACCUGGCUGACGGUGUGUGGCAUCGCGUCGAGAUUAAGUGGCUGGGAACCGACAUCUCUGUCGCUAUUGACUAUGGGCUUCGUACUGCCCUGCUUCCGAUGCUGGCCAAUAAGGUCCAGGGCCAGUAUAUUGGGAAGAUCCUGAUCGGUGGACCGGAUAGCACUGCUGGGCUAUUGGCGUCGGAGGUCGGGUACUUUGAAGGGUGUAUUCAGGAUGUUCGAGUGGGAACGAGUCAAUCUCUGCUGAACCGACCGACAGUGAGAGAGAAUGUACGGGACGGCUGCCAAUCCCGCGCUGACUGUAUGCUGUCGAUUUGCCCACCUUACAGCCAAUGCGUAUCCUCCUGGGAUACUACAGAGUGCGAGUGCGACGCGGGCCGCGUGGGGCCGGCGUGCGUGGCGGCGUGCGAGCUGGCCCCAUGUGGCCCACACUCGCACUGCGUCAGCCACAGCGGCGGCCGCGGCUACCGAUGCGACUGCGACGAGGGAUACGUCAUGACGGCGGGCCGCGUGGGGCCGGCGUGCGUGGCGGCGUGCGAGCUGGCCCCAUGUGGCCCGCACUCGCAUUGCGUCAGCCACAACGGCGGCCGCGGCUACCGAUGCGACUGCGACGAGGGAUACCCGGCGUACGUGGCGGCGUGCGAGCUGGUCCCCUACGGCCCGCACUCGCACUGCGUCAGCCACAGCGGCGGCCGCGGCUACCGAUGCGACUGCGACGAGGGAUACGUCAUGACGGGGGGGCCGGCGUGCGUGGUGGCGUGCGAGCUGGCCCCCUGCGGCCCGCACUCGCACUGCGUCAGCCACAGCGGCGGCCGCGGCUACCGAUGCGACUGCGACGAGGGAUACGUCAUGACUGAGGAAGGCUGCGUGUCGGGCGGCGCGCUGGAGUGCCCGGGCGGCUGGUGGGGCGCGGGCGCGUGCGGGCCGUGCCAGUGCGCCGCGCGCGGCCUGCACCCGCACUGCCGCCGCGACACCGGCGCGUGCCACUGCAAGGUAGCGUGCGAGUGUUGUAGAGGAGCGCUGCGGGCGGGCGGCGCGCUGGAGUGCCCGGGCGGCUGGUGGGGCGCGGGCGCGUGCGGGCCGUGCCAGUGCGCCGCGCGCGGCCUGCACCCGCACUGCCGCCGCGACACCGGCGCGUGCCACUGCAAGGUAGCGUGCGAGUGUUGUAGAGGAGCGCUGCGGGCGGGCGGCGCGCUGGAGUGCCCGGGCGGCUGGUGGGGCGCGGGCGCGUGCGGGCCGUGCCAGUGCGCCGCGCGCGGCCUGCACCCGCACUGCCGCCGCGACACCGGCGCGUGCCACUGCAAGGAAAACCAUUACAAGCCCGAAGGCUCGGAAGACUGCCUCCCCUGCCAGUGCUACGCGGCGGGCUCCCUCAACAGCUCGUGCGAGACCACCACCGGCCAGUGCUACUGCCGCGGCGGCGUCAUCGGCCGCGCCUGCGACUCCUGCGCCAAUGCUUAUGCUGAAGUGGCGCCUAACACUGGCUGCGAGGACUACAAGCCCGAAGGCUCGGAAGACUGCCAGUGCUACGCGGCGGGCUCGCUCAACAGCUCGUGCGAGACCACCAGCGGCCAGUGCUACUGCCGCGGCGGCGUCAUCGGCCGCGCCUGCGACUCCUGCGCCAAUGCCUACGCUGAGGUGGCGCCUAACACUGGAUGCGAGGAUUGGCUGGUCGUUGAUCUUAAGAUUGGCAGCGUCAUCAGCCGCGCCUGCGACUCCUGCGCCAAUGCCUACGCUGAGGUGGCGCCUAACACUGGCUACGAGGACUACAAGUCUGAAGACUCGGAAGACUGCCUCCCCUGCCAGUGCUACGCGGCGGGCUCGCUCAACAGCUCGUGCGAGACCACCAGCGGCCAGUGCUACUGCCGCGGCGGCGUCAUCGGCCGCUUACACAAAAUAGAAACCGGUGAGCUAGCAGUGAAUACUUUCGUGGGCGUUCGCCUCGCCGAAGACCUGGCCUCUGCUUGCCGUAAUACACCGCAGCUUUAUGGAGCCGAUGUAUUGGUAGCCGAGGGCAUCUUGCUAGAGCUCAUACAGUAUGAGCUGAGGCAGGCUGGACUGAACCUUACGCACAGCCAGGAUAAGGAUUAUGUUCGGAACAUAAUAAAAUCCUCCAACACGAUCCUAAGCCCGACAUACGACAAGGAGUGGCGUCGCAUCCGCCAGCUGACCGGCCAUGGCGUCGAGGAGUUGCUACAAAAGUACGACAAGUACAUAUCUGUGCUAGCAGAGAGUCAGCAUGAUACGUAUACCAGUCCCUUUGAGAUCGUCACCAGUGAUUUGGUAAUCGGCGUGGACAUCGUAACAGCGGAAUCGAUAUACGGCUUCGAGCCUACCCAGCUCAACCGUUUGAACUUGGAGUCAUACACCACAGAACGCGUCAUCCUGCCUGAUACAUCAGCUUUCAUACACUCGCCCAUACAACCUUCGUACGGCAACGGGAAGGUUAAGAAGAAGCCGUCAAGUCCGACUGUGUCGUUCCCCAAGUACAACAACUAUGUGAGGAGUAAGAACAAGUUUGAUAAGUUCACGAGAGUUCUACUGCCGUUGGAUCUGCUGGGAAUUACCAAUAGCAAUGUGCACGAUACCCUAGAAACCAACUACGAAUCCCGCGCAGUAUUCUCGUACAUGCAAUACUCUCGCAACACGUCCCAGCUGAUGCCUUUACGCAUGGAUGAAUCGGUCAGCCAACGGUGGGGGGUCAACAUCACUAUUGGCUCACCCAUAAUCCAGGUGGCGCUGUUUGUACCAGAGUAUGUCUGGAUGAAGGAGUCCCAUGAGAGUAAAGAGGAUAACUCGCUGGAGAACAAUAUGGAGGAUAUUGAGGGCAUAUCAUACGCCAACAAAGGCUACCCCCACCCUUCAAACCCCAAUAACCAUCUCAACGCCAAUCCCCAAAUGACUAACACGUGGCAUCACACUGAAGACGAAAGUUCCAACCACGACAACCACGGUCCCAUCCUCAUUCAACCAGCGUUUAAAAAACACGACAAGAAUGCUUUUGCUAACGACAACUACCAAGAAAACGACUCGUCUUUCACAGCUGAAAAAUUAGACCAAGAACCUAAAGUUCUGGCUUUGUCGUUAGUCGCAGAUGAUGGCAAAACCAAGGAUGGGAAUGGAACAAAAGAUAUGGGGAAGAAGAAGUUGGUGUAUAAAAGUUUGGGGGGUAUGAGGCUGAAGAAACCCAUAAGGCUGCAAAUGUGGCUGGACAUCGAUAGGGAGACCUUUGGGUCGAGGACGAAUCCGCAGUGUGUACACUGGUCGACUUUAAGAGGAUUCGGCGAAUGGUCCCGCGUCGGUUGUCACACGGAGAUCGACUACGACUGGUCUCCGUACUCGGACGAGCCUCUGCUGGUCAACUGUACGUGCAACCACUUGUCCACCUUCGCUGUACUGGUUGACGAAGUCGACAUUGAGUUUAUCCCAGAACCUUCUCUCCUGGAAUCCGUGACGUCAUACACAGCGUUCAGCAUAUCCCUACCGCUGCUACUGGCUACUUGGGCGGCUCUCUGCCUGAUGCGGGGCGGCGCUGCGACCGUCUCCAACUCCAUACACAAGCACAUGAUAUUCUGCGUGUUCAUGGCAGAAUUGCUGUACUUGAUCGCGCUGAAGGCAAGGAACUCGCUAGUGCAGAAUGAGGUGACAACCGUCAGCAACUCAAUACACAAGCACAUGAUAUUCUGCGUGUUCAUGGCAGAACUGCUGUACUUGAUCGCGCUUAAGGCAAGGAACUCCUUGGUGCAGAAUGAGUUCGCGUGCAAGCUCAUAGCGAUGUCUCUCCACUACUGGUGGGUGGCAGCCUUAGCUUGGUCGGCCUGCGACGCGUGGCAACUGCGCCGCCUAGUAAGGGAGCUGAGAGAUGUGAACCAUGGAGGACUAGCGGCACAUAUGGCAGCUGCUUAUGCCGCGCCGGCCGUGGCAUUGGCUUUGGCCGCGUCGCACCAUCAGCAGCAGUAUGGGAACGCAUUGUUCUGCUGGGUGAGCUGCCACGAGGGCGUGGUGUGGUGGGUGGUGGUGCCGGCAGGCGCUUACGCUCUAGCUGCCUGCUGGGUGAGCUGCCACGAGGGCGUGGUGUGGUGGGUGGUGGUGCCGGCGGGUGCAUACGCUCUAGCUGCGUUGGCGUGUCUCGCCGCCGCCACAUCGGCUGCCUUUACUGUGCGCGACCAUGUCGUGGGAUUUGGGAACUUGAGGAUGCUUCUAGCUGUGAGCGUGAUCUGCCUGCCUCUCCUGACGGCGGCAUGGGCCAGUGCUUUGGUGCUGGGCAGCGAGACGGGCGCCCGGCGAGGGAUGCUGAGUUCGAUUCUCGCGGGGGCCAUCACAUUGCACGCGGCCGCGACGGCGUUGGGUCUCAUCGCGUUUAAUGUGCGAGCGAGAGACAAUUUGCACAGAACGAUGCUGAGAUGUCUGGGAAAGAAAGUUCCUCUGGCUGAUACUUCGGUGAUAGUCAGCAGCAGUGCACAGAACCUGUCACAGGUCAACAGGUCAGCUCUAGCAUACCACAGCAGCACAGAGCCUGGCCGGCAAUUGCGAAACAUUGGCAUCUCUGCUUCGUCCACCACCUCUAGAUCUACUACUAAGACUAGUUCUAGUCCUUACAGUCGCAGUGACGGCCAAUUGCGUCACACGAGUACAUCGACAUCAAAUUACAACACCAGUGCGAGCGACAUGCCGGCCUACCUCAGAGGGUUUGACUCCUCACUACACACCAGAAAAGACGACCAAGGCCGUCGUCGGCGCAAAGCGGCCACAGACGGCGAGACCACAGCAGAAACCGGCGAGGAGGCUACUGAAGCCACCGACAGUGACAGCGAUGGAAGCGACCGCAGCCUGGACUUGGCUUCAAGCCACUCCUCUGACGACGACGAGACCAGUGGCCGCCGCGCCAGCCACCCACCUUCUGUCGCCAGGGAUCGAGGAACGAGCGGGAACGGUGGAGGCUACUUACCAAAUAUCACCGAAGGGGCUCCUUUGGGCAUCACGCCGCGAUGGCAGCCUCAUAUAAGAGAAGAAGGGAACCGCCCAGAAAUGGGCCGGUGGUCCCAAGAGACCGGCUCGGACAACGAAGCACUGAACGGGAUGGCCUCGCCCUCCCCUAACCCGCUUCCAAACCCGGACCUGACGUCGGACGUGUACCAGCUCGGCCGCCACCGCGCCAAGCCCUCCAUACUGGAGAACGUGCACGAUACUUACGUGGCCAGCGUGGAAGCUUCCAGACUGCCGCUCGAUAACAGAUACGGGCUAGAAGACGAGCUUAUGUACGGCGUUCUACCGAACGACGGCGAGAAGCAAGUUCCUUACGACCCCAACUAUCCAAUGUCUCCCACGAUGUACCGACUGGCGGGAAACCCUUACGGGUCCAAGACCUACCUCUCAUCAAGAACGUCAGACUACGGCUACAGCCCUACCAAAUACCUAAAUACUGACACCAACGUCUACGGGUCAAGGGACUUCAGGGAUUCGGGGGUAUCUACACGGGAGCACGACGGGUAUCCCCCCAGGGAUUUUAGGGAUUCCGGGAUUGCUACUAUGUUGAAGAACGACUAUCAGAGGAAAAUGGAUAGUCAUUACGGCCAAGACUACAAUGAGAGGAUGUCUGAUGGCUCGGAUAAGCAUCACCCUCACGAUAAAUAUCUGUUCCCGUAUACAGCGGAGGAGGACCACGCGAGCUUGCGCGGCGCCCAGCCCUCGCGUAGUGACCUAGCGCACGCAGGUGAACCUCAACAACAAAUGGGAGCGCCGCUCGCGAGUAUGGGUGAGACUAGCGAGAAAUCUACUACUGAAGACGACGCUGAAACAAGAGUGUGAAAUUAUAGUACAAGAUUUCCAAUGAAUCUCAAUUAGUUAAUUGAUUUUACUGUGUAUAUUAUAUUAUUGUAUUUAAUUUAAGGGUCUAGCGUUAAUUUUCUGCAAGACUGUCUUUUACAUCAGUAAUCCACUGCCAUAGUUUAGAAGUAAAUGCUAUUUAUUUCAACUUGUGUAAUCUAAUUUGUAUAUUGCUUAAAUUUUGGACAUUUUAGUUAACUAUUCACAUUCCUUAGAUUAUGUAGAAAUAAAAAUAUUUUAUGAAAUGACAAAAAUGUAUGUAUAAUAUAUAAGUAUAGCUUGAAUGCUCCUUGCCUAUGGUUUAAUAGCGCCAUCUGUUAGAAGUUUAAUUUAUUAGACUAAAAUGAAUUGAAUGUUGGUGCCUCCGCGCGGUAUCGUGGGAAGUCCCAUUGUGGGUUGUGGUGUGAUUAAAUAGGUAAUUUAUUUUGAAUGUGAGAAAAUGAUAAUUUAUAAUAGUAUUUUUAAUUUACAUUACAAACCAUUGUGGAUGUAUUUUGCAUAAUUGCAUGAUUUCACGUUGGAAUUAGUAUUGCCAUGGACUAAUAUAAUUUAGUAUUGCCAGUGUUAAAUGUUUCAACGACAAAAGCGAUUAAAAUUAACGAUAUUAAAAACUAAGUAGAAAUUGGGACUUUUGUAUAAUGGGACGUCCCGAAUAUAUCGCAACACAACGCUAUUGGGGACACAUUUCUGACUUCUGCGCUGCCGUUAGGAGGUCCUAAGAGGCGUAUUUACCGGGACAAGUGCAAAAUAAAAUUAUACAUUAUGCGUAUUUUAAAUACAUGGUGUUCUUAUUUAGAGAAAGAAAGGAAUGGCAUCCAAAGUCAGUCGAGUUAUGUGUAAAUAGUCAAGUUAUUGAUUAAUUAAGGCAUUAUAAGUUCACUGUAUAAAGAAGUGACUUAAAUUUUUUCAUACUUUAAUCGUCAUAGUGAUAACAUCAAUAGUAAUACAGCGUUGUUCAUUUAUUUAUUAAACUUGUAUUGCUAGAUCGUACAUACUUUCUAUUAAUUAAAACAAUAAAAGUCAUACCAUGGUCUUAAUUACUUUAAUUCUGUUUUCUUCAUUACAGAGUAAGUAAUCAAUUUUUACAGAAAAUAAUAAGAUCACUAUGUCGAUUAAAGACUCAUGUUUAUUUAUUGUAUUUGAGAUAUUACAUACGAGUAGGUAUGCAUGAUAUAGGUAUGAUUCGUUUAUUAUAUUGAAAGCAUUAAUUACAUGAAACUAUUUUUAUAAUAAGAAACCAAAACAUAGAUAAAUUAAAACCUAGUGUUUGUAAUAAACCAAGAAAAUUGACUUGAGGAAUUAAAUAAAGAAGGAAAACAAUUAGGUUACAUUAUGUAGUUUUUAAAAAAUAAGGUUUAAUUUCCGAACUAGGGGUUCCAAGCAAAUAGAAUAGAAAAUCAUAUUGUAUGGGAUAAAGGCUAUAGUGAUUUUCCAGAACAUUUUAUGCUAUGAAAGUUAUCGUUUCACAUGGGAAAGGAAAAUUUUAGAUAGUAGGUAUUUUUAGUCCCAUCGUCACAUCACGAUGGGUUUAUUAGGUAAAAUCGGGACUCUUAACUUGUGUGAAAUACCUACAAUUAUAGAUUUUUUCAAUAGGUUGACGAUGAUCACUAUAGCGUUUGCUCUGGUUGGGGGCUUGGGGGGCGGUUUUAUGUUUGUACAUAAGAGUGUUGUGUGCAUUUUGAGCGUUUUAACGAAGAGUCCACCUAUUUUGUAAAUAAAUAGAUUUUUACACUUUGUAGCUUAAAAGAAAGUAGAUAGUAAGAAAGAAGCUUUAUUUAAGUAUCUCUGUAGGUGACACAUUGCCAUAAUUUUUGUACAUUAUGAGUUUAAUAAUAAGAUAUUCGACUUGGUAAAUUAUACAGACUUACAGCAAAUUGUAGGUUGAAUAAGUGGUCAGAAGUAGGAAAAUCUUAAAACCACCUUUUAAACUACUUUCCCAUUUCAAUAAUGAGUAAAAAUUACACUUACAGUCUAACAAUAAGAUAAUUAUUGUAUAGUAAUGUAAUACUACGAAAAAAUGACAAAUCCAAUUCUGAACUAGGAAUAAUACUGGUUCAAAAAUGUAACCUUGUAAGAUCCUUUUUCCUAAUCAGCAGUAGGUAUCUAAUUUAACGGGUAUAAUACGAAAAUUCCAGGCAUUUUGCUUCAAAUUAUGCUUUAAAUGUAUUAGAAUUUUAUUUGUAAUUCCUUCAGUCUUGUGAUAGGUCAUCUUCAAUUUUUCUUUACAAUCCGUUUUGUGAUAAUAUGCUCAUUUUUGUAGGUACCAAUAUUAAUCUCAAAUACCUAUAAGACAUGUGAAAGAAAGGUGACAUCUGAAUUGUUUGUAUUGAAAUAAAUUAUUUUAUUGCUAAAAUAU